AUGACAAGUAGUUCAAUUCAAAAGGAUAUUGUACAUGUUGCGGCAAAGGAAACGACUAAGGUUAUUGUGAAAGAUAUCAUAAGUGAAUUCUUUGCAAUUUUAGUAGACGAAUCACGUGAUGUGUCUUGUAAAGAGCAAAUGACAUUGGUUUUACGGUUUGUGAAUAGUCAAUGGGUUGUUGUGGAGAGAUUUAUUGGCAUAAAACAUGUCAGUGACACUUCGGCUUUGUCAUUAAAGACAACUAUUUAUUCAUUUCUGACAGAAUGUGGAUUGAGUCCAUAUAAGAUUCGAGGACAAGGUUAUGAUGGAGCUAGUAACAUGAGUGGUGCAUUUAAUGGAUUGAAGACUUUGAUUUUGAAUGAAGUGAAAUCUGCACAUUUUAUUCAUUGUUUUGCUCACCAGUUACAAUUAACACUUGUGUUUGUUGCAAAGAAUCACCCAGACAUUAAUGACUUUUUUGACUUGAUUUCUCGUUUGUUAAACAUGAUUGGUGACAUUCAAAGUGGUACGGGUUUGAAUCAAGAAGUUGGUAUCAAACGACCUUGUGAUACUCGUUGGGGUUCUCAUUUUGGUUCACUCUUAAAUAUCAAGAGAGUGUAUUAUUCAAUUUGUGAAGUACUUGAAGACGUUAAAGUUAAUAGUAAUUGUCAAGAUCAUAGAGCAGAAGCACGUUGUCUCCUAAAGUUUUUACAAACUUUUGAUUUUAUUUUUUGCUUACACUUGAUGGUUGAUAUCUUAGGGGUCACAAAUGAUUUGAACGCCACGCUGCAAAAAAAGGACCAGGAUAUUGUAAAUGCAAUGCAUCAAGUGAGAUCCUCUAAGGACAGACUUAAUCAUAUGUGGGAGGAAGGAUGGGAAUCAUUUUUAAAAGAUGUUACUUUGUUUUGUGAAAAAUGUGAUAUUGAAAUAUUGAAUAUGGAAGAUCCAUAUUAUAGUGGAACAAGUCGUCGGAAAGUUUCACAGAUUAACUACUUGCACCACUACAAAGUUGAUGUAUUUAUUGCGGUCAUCGAUAUGCAAUCCCAAGAGCUCAACAAUCGAUUUAAUGAAAUAAACACGUCAUUACUUGUUUCCAUGGCUUCUUUGUGUCCAAGUAAUUCUUUUCCAGCUUUUAAUGUAGAGGAGCUACUCAAGAUGGCUACGUUUUAUUCUAACGAGUUCCCAGAACAUGACCUUGGAGCACUUAGAGCAAGUCUUCAAAAUUAUAUUGUGGAUGUGCGAGGUGAUGAAAGGUUUAAAAACUUGAAGGGAAUUGGAAACUUGGCAAAGAUGAUGGUUGAAACAAACAAGCAUACAAUAUAUCCAAUGGUAUAUCUUCUACUAAAAUUAGCAUUAACAUUGCCAGUUGCAACAUCCACUGUGGAACGUGCAUUUUCCGGAAUGAAGUUGAUAAAGAACAAUUUGCGUAAUAAGAUGAGUGAUCAAUUUAUAAAUGAGUUCCUAGUAUCAUAUAUUGAGAAAGAUGUGUUAGAUAGUAUUAGCAACGACAUAAUCAUAGAUUUUUUUAGAAAAAUGUCAACUCGUCGUGAACAAUAUUAA